UGUUCAAAAGACUUCACAUUAACAUUCCUUUUGCUGAAGCUUUAGAGCAGAUGCCAAGUUAUGUGAAGUUUAUGAAGGAAAUCCUAUCAAAGAAGAGAAAGAUGGAGGACUAUGAGACAGUUGCUCUAAGUGAAGAGUGCAGCGCCAUCCUACAAAAGAAACUCCCUCCUAAACUCAGAGAUCCAGGGAGUUUCACUAUUCCUUGUACUAUAGGAAAAAUUGAGGGAAUAAAUGCACUUUGUGACUUGGGAGCUAGCAUUAACUUGAUGCCUCUAUCGGUGUUUAAAAGACUGCAGUUGGGUGAAGCAAAGCCAACAACAGUAACUCUCCAAUUGGCGGACCGAUCACUAGCCCAUCCUAGAGGAGUCAUUGAGGAUGUGUUAGUUAAGGUUGAUAAGUUCAUCUUUCCAGCUGAUUUCAUCGUUUUGGAUAUGGAAGAAGAUAGCAAUGUCCCAAUUAUUCUUGGGAGACCAUUCUUGGCAACUGGCCAAGCCUUAAUCGAUGUUCAGAAGGGUGAAUUAAAGCUGAGAGUCCAAGGAGAAGAAGUGGUCUUUAAUGUGCUAAAGGCUAUGUCGUACCCAAAGGCAAGUGAUAACUGCUUCUUUAUUGAUUUGAUUGAUGAAAUGGUGAGUGAGAAAAAGCUGCUAGAUGAUCCUCUUGAACUAAGUCUAACUGAAGAUGAAUUGACGGAGCAAGAAGGACAAGAGGUCAUGGGGUAUGUGAAGUGGCUUGAUUCCUAUGGGCCUUUGAACAGAAGAUACUUUGAGGAAUUGGGAGCGGUUCCAAAAGAGCUGAAGCCAUCUACUGAAAAGCCCCCAGAACUUGAAUUGAAGGUGCUUCCUAGUCACUUGAGGUAUGAGUUUUUGGGUCAAGAUAAAAAGCUGCCAGUUAUUGUUUCAGCUUCUCUCUCUGAUGUGGAAACUGAUAGACUUUUGAGGGUACUUCGAGCUCAUAACAAGGCCAUCGCUUGGACACUAGGAGAUGUUAAAGGAAUCAGUCCUUCAACAGUGAUGCAUCGAAUUCUCAUGGAAGACAACGCCAAACCAACUAUUGAUGCUCAAAGAAGACUCAAUCCACCCAUGAAAGAAGUAGUCAGAAAAGAAGUAGUUAAGUGGUUGGAUGCUGGAGUUGCUUAUCCUAUUUCAGAUAGUAAGUGGGUUAGCCCGGUGCAAGUGGUCCCGAAGAAAGGUGGAAUGACGGUGAUCAAGAAUGAAAAGAAUGAGUUGAUUCCUACAAGAACAGUCACCGGUUGGAGGAUCUGCAUCGAUUAUAGGAAACUCAACAAAGCAACAAGAAAAGAUCACUUCCCUUUGCCCUUCAUUGAUCAAAUGCUAGACAGAUUAGCGGGGCAAGAAUAUUACUGUUUUCUUGAUGGAUAUUCUGGAUACCACCAGAUAGCUAUAGCACCUGAAGAUCAGGAGAAGACUACUUUCACAUGUCCCUAUGGUACCUUUGCUUUCAGAAGAAUGCCCUUCGGCUUGUGCAACGCCCCUGCCACUUUUCAAAGGUGUAUGAUGGCUAUCUUUUCAGAUUUGAUUGAAUCUUGUAUUGAAAUUUUUAUGGAUGAUUUCUCAGUGUUUGGUUCUUCCUUUGAUCAUUGUUUGGAAAACCUGGAAAAAGUACUAACAAGGUGCGAGAAGUCUAACUUGGUGUUAAACUGGGAGAAGUGUCACUUUAUGGUAACAGAAGGAAUUGUUCUUGGGCACAAAAUUUCAAAAGCAGGAAUUGAGGUGGAUAAGGCAAAGGUCUCAACAAUAGAAAAUUUGCCACCUCCAGUUUCUGUAAAAGGAGUGAGGAGUUUCCUGGGACAUGCUGGCUUCUACCGCAGAUUUAUCAAGGACUUCUCUAAAAUCUCAAAACCUUUAUCGAGCUUACUUGUAAAUGGAGUUCCAUUUGAGUUCGGAGAAGAUUGUUUAAAAGCUUUCAAGAUUUUAAAGGAGAAAUUGAUUACAGCACCGAUAGUAACUUCACCAAAUUGGGAACUGCCGUUUGAGUUGAUGUGUGAUGCUAGUGACUAUGCCAUUGGAGCGGUUCUGGGUCAAAGAGUUGACAGAGUAUUCCACACAAUCUACUAUGCUAGUAGAACUCUGAAUGACGCUCAAUUAAACUACGCCACUACAGAGAAAGAAAUGCUGGCAAUAGUGUUUGCUUGUGACAAAUUUCGACCCUACCUAAUUGGAAAUAAGGUAAUUGUUUACACAGAUCAUUCAGCAAUCAAAUACCUUAUGACCAAGAAGGAUGCAAAACCAAGACUGAUUCGGUGGGUACUCUUACUUCAAGAGUUCGACUUAGAGAUAAAAGAUAAAAAGGGCACCGAGAACCUGGUAGCAGACCAUUUGUCAAGAUUAGAGCUGCAAGAGAGUCAGAAUACAAAGGAGUACAUUCUUUUGGCUGUUGAUUAUGUGUCCAAAUGGGUCGAAGCUUCAGCUACACCUCAAAAUGAUGGAAAGACAGUUCUCCGCUUCUUACAAAAGAACAUUUUUACUCGGUUUGGUACUCCUCGAGCAAUAGUAAGCGAUGAAGGGAGCCACUUCUGUAACAAGCAGUUUGAAGCACUCCUCUCAAGAUAUGGUGUUCGACAUCGAACUGCUUUACCAUACCAUCCCCAAAGUAAUGGCCAAGCUGAAAUCUCUAACCGAGAGAUUAAGAUGAUUCUGGAGAAAACAGUGGGAGAAAAGAUCGUUACGAAUUUGAAUGAGCUAGAUGAGUUUCGGAACGAAGCCUAUGAAAACGCGAAGAUAUACAAGGAGAGAACUAAAAAGUGGCACGAUCAAGGUCUAAUACGGAAAGAGUUUCAACCAGGACAGCAAGUGUUACUCUUCAAUUCAAGGUUGAAACUGUUUCCUGGAAAGCUGAAAUCAAGAUGGUCGGGACCAUUCACGGUGGUCAAGGUGUUUCCUUAUGUAGCGGUGGAGUUAAAAGGUGAAAGUCCAACAACUUUCAAAGUCAAUGGACAAAGGUUAAAGCUCUACUUGGGAGGGUACAACAUUAACAUUGGACAAGUCAUAAGGCAGAGCAUUGACCAAAUCGUGCAAGGAGCCACGGGAGGUGGUUUCGGUUUGGCAGGGGUUAUCACGGAACUCUGCGGGGCAUAUAAAGUUCCCCAGUUAGAGUUUGACAACACGGUGUUGCCACUUCGUAAGAUGGACAUCGCCUUUGUCAACAGGCUGAAAGAGCCACACCCCUAUGGGCAGCCACCACCUGAUGCACCGCAAGGGCGCAGGCGUAUGGCAAUCACUCGUUCAUCUUCAUCCCCUUCUCCAGUUCUCAAACAGAAAUCAAAAAUGGGCAAGAAAUCUUUGGCCAACAAAUCCAAGGGUAAACGCCCAAUCAUUGAUGAUUUUGAUUCUGAUUUUGAAGCUCCAAUGCCGAAGCGUGUGAGACCCCAUUCUUCGAAGAAAACGAAGCUGAACUUGGAGGAGCCCACGCUUCCAGAAAUUUCUGGGAAAAAAUUUCAAAAAUCUAUUACACAUGCUGAAGAUCGGACUGAGGUUAUGUGUUUUGUUUUCGUUUUUGGUGUUUUCAAUCAGUCUUCGGUAGUUUCUUUUCAGUUUUUAAAUAGUUUGUUACUGGGUUAG